AUUUUGUUUCAGUCCCGUUUCCCUCCAUGGUUUCUCCUCUCCGACUAACUUAGCGGUGGCUCACUUCAUUAUACAGUCCCCUAUAUUCUCCCUCCGUUAGGGCAUCUCUACGUUUGGACCGAAGAUCCCGGCACACACACAAACAAAAACACCCGUGACAGAGAGGAAAAGUUUGACUUCCAGCGGGAACGAUGUUGAUGAAAAACAGGAUCCACUUGGAGCUAAGAAACAGGGCACCGUCUGAACUACAUGAACUCGUCCUAGACAACUGUCGAUCGGACGAAGGAAAAACCGAAGGCCUCACAGAUGAGUUUGUCAACCUGACGUUCCUCAGUUUGAUAAAUGUCGGCCUAACAUCAGUCUCCAACAUACCAAGAUUAGAAAAACUCAAAAAGUUGGAGUUGAGUGACAACAGAAUCAGCGGCGGCCUGGAGGUCUUAGCAUUGAAACUCCCCAACCUCACACAUCUAAACCUGAGCGGCAACAAAUUGAAAGAAAUCAGCACUUUGGAACCAUUGAAAAAGCUGAAACACCUGAAAAGUUUGGACCUGUUCAACUGCGAAGUGACCAACCUGAACGAGUACAAGGACAGCGUCUUCAAACUCCUGCCCCAGCUCACCUACCUGGACGGCUACGACAACGAGGACAAGGAGGCCUCCGACUCUGACGGAGAGGUGGACGGAGACGGCGUGGACGAUGACGACGAUGAAGAGGGCGAGGACGAGGAAGACGAGGACGGCGAGGAGGAGGACUUCGAUGAGGAAGAAGAUGACGAGGAAGAUGAGGAGGAGGUAGAGGGAGAAGAGGAUGACGAGGAGGUCAGCGGAGAGGAUGAGGAGGAAGACUACGGACCGGACGGGGAAGUUGAUGACGAUGAUGAAGAUGAGGAGGAAGACGAUGAAGAGGCUGAUACCCACAAAGGCGAGAAGAGAAAGCGAGACCCGGAUGACGACGAUGAAUUCGACGACGACGAGGACGACUAUUAAAAACAAAACGAGAGCCGACCAACCCCCCCCCUAAAAACCUGAACCUCCACGGCCCCUCCUACAAUCCGGAACCCCCACCUUCCCCUUCCUCUUCCCCAGCUCUGAGCUCUGUUUUUUUGGGGCAAGACUGUACUGGAUGGGUGGGGUCGUGUGGGUCAACCACCGCCCUGCCCCUAAAACCAUUUAUUAUUAUUUUGUUUUUUACAAUCUUUUGAACUGAGAGUUACCCCACCACAACCACCAUCAUGAUCAUCAUCAUCAUCAUCAUCGUCGUCACCCAACAGCCCCAAGGUUCUCAGGCAGCCCACCACUCAGCAUUCCACAUUUUCACUGUCAAAUCCCGCUUUGUGUAUCUUGUGUGAGGACUUUGGGAUUGGUCUAAUAUUGGGUCCGUGCUUUUUUCCUGGUUUUGUUGGCGAAAUUUAUUAUUUUGUUGUUGGGUUUGAUGUUUCUUUUUUUGUAUUAUUUUUUUUGUCUGUUUCCUUUUACCCACUGCCCCCAAUCCACCCCAAUAAAAUUAUUGCUAUAGCAGCUGUGCAACCAGUGAGCCAUACGUUUUUUGGGUUUUUUUUUUCUCAGUGUGGCCACCUGUUGCACAAAUCCAAGGUUGUAGCUACAUUUUUACUUUCUGUAUGACAAGAAAACAACUUUGUAAAUAAAAUGUUAACAUUU